UUUUGCGUCGUCGCUUGCUAGUGACGUAAACCAUCACUGUAAUAUGGCCGUUGUGAAAUCAACGAGGGUCAACAUGUUCAAUGUCACUGCAUUUUUACAACAUUCUGGGAGAUGUAAGCUGUCUUUAGAUUAAAAUAAGAGCAACAUCAGGACAAACGACGAUAUAUCUGUGAUAAAGUUGUGAGCAUCAUCCCUCCUCUUGCCAUCUGUCCGCCAUGUCCACUCAGGCAAGUAAACUGUUUGUGGUAGCGGUGCGGUCUGCAUGUUGCCACCCCAGGGCUAGGCCCACCCUGAAGCAGUCUGCCUCUCCGUGUAGCCCCAGGGUCCUGCUCCAGAGACGGCUCUUCAGCCUGGACUCGCUUUCCUCCGGCCCCGGCCGGCCACAGCCCCAACAGGCUAGGACAGACCGGGCAUCCCCCUCUUCAGCCCCAACCCACAGGAACCUGUCUGCUGUGGCUGUCUCUGUCCAGGACCAGAGUCGCCCGCUGGGCAGGUAUGACUUCCUGGACCUAGGGGAGGUAGAGGAGAACACUCAGAGGGCUCAGCUCUGUAGAACCAUCAAAAGGUUCAUCAUAGACCCUGCCCUGGCCAAACUGGUCACUCAGCACCUAGGACCUGACCUGGAGGACAGCAAAGCUGUUAUAUUUGAAUGUAAUCCAGGCCCAGGGGUGUUGACUAGGACUCUGCUGAAUUCUGGAGCUCAGAGAGUGGUGACGCUGGAGGGAGAGAAGUCCUUCUUACCUGACCUGCAGGCUUUGGAGUGUCUUCUGGAUGGUCAGCUGGAGGUGGUCCACUGUGAUUUCUUCAAGCUGGACCCUAUGGGCAGAGGCAGCAUGAGACCUCCGGCCAUGUACACUGACAAACUGUUCACUGACCUGGGCAUAUCAGAGGCAAACUGGACCGAUGAGGUUCCAGUGAAGGUGGUUGGUAUACUCCCCCAGCGCAUUGAGAGGAGUCAGCUGUGGAAGCUGCUGUAUGUCCUGUUUGAUCGGCUCUCUAUCUACCGUUACGGACGAGUAGAGCUCAACAUGUUCAUCAGCGAGAAGGAAUACCUGAAACUAAUGGCUAAGCCAGGGGACAUGUUGAACUACAGAGCCUUUGGUGCUUUAUGGCAGAUGGCAUGCCACAUCGAACUGCUACACAAGGAGCCGUGGGCAUCGUUUGUGACUUCUUCUAAGUACAAGCUGGCCAUUCCAAAGAGCAGACUUCCUAAUGACAACCUGUGUCUGGUGCGAAUGACACCUCGCAAGGACCUGUUCUCCGCCUCGCUGACCCCCUCCAAUGCAGCCACCCUGGUUAUGAUGGUCAAACAAUGUUUGGCCAAGAGGAAGGCCCGGCUAGUAGACCGGCUCAAUAUGUGGAGUCCAGACAGUGGUCCUAAGCUGCUGAAGGAGAUGGGGAUGCAGGAGGAUGUACUGACGGGCCAUGUCUACCCAGAGGAGUACAAGCAGCUGUUUGAACUGGUGGAUAAGUCCCAGGAGUUCACCCAGAGCUGGCUGUAUGAGGAGGUACUGGAGAACACCCAGAAGGAGGGAUGGAUAUAGACACAGUGCCACCACUAGGAUUGGAGGGGUAGUGCAGCCAGGCUGUCCGAGGCUACAAUUCUAGAUAACCCUAAACCCCCAAGUUGUUGAACCACUCCCAACGUCAUAGUUUAGGGUGGUCCUGAGCUGAUGAGUUUGGUAUUUGAUCUUUUUAAAAGGGGCUACAGUGUUUGUCCUGAGCUCUAUGCGAGUGCUGUCCAGUCGAGCCGAAGAGUUGACUGGUGAAAGGCUGCCUCUCCUACCUUCACAGGACGUUUUCUCUGCGGUUGGUUACGGGUAGCAGCAGAAUGGUUACUUUAUUGGCAAAGCAAGGUUAAUGAGUCAAGAUGUAUUUAAACCAUUCAAUCGCAUUUUGUCACUGUUAUUCAUGGGUUUUUAAUACUAUAGGCUUUUUGCUAACACAGCACAUGAAACUAACUGAGUCAUACUAGUAUGCGUUUCCUGAACCUGAUGUUGAAUUGCAUUGAAUACUACAUCGGGCAGAAAUUAGCGUUUUUAAUCACAAAAGUUUCCUCGCAUGACAUCUAUAAGUCAGAAUGUUGAAUAAAAUAUUUUUAAAAUACUUUACUGGUUGGUCCUUUUGGAGGUAGGAAUGUGAGACAAUAUAUCCACAUUAAAGUGAAAUUACAUAAACUUUUCAAAGCACUGGUAGAGCGUUCAGAUGUCUUAUCACCUGAAGCAUGUGCAGAACCUUGUGAAGCCGUGCAUGAGCUUGGCAAGUAUGCAUGCUGCAGAUGAUCUAAAUCUGAACGCAAUAGCAGCACUUUGAAAAGUUGAUGGAAUUAUACUUUCCUGUGGAUAUACUGUCUUUACAUUCCUACCUGCAAAAGGACCAACCACAUGGACAACCAGAAAAGUACAUUCAAAUAACAUUUUAUUCAAAAUUCUGGCUUGUAGAGGUCGUGAGACGAAACGUUCCUGAUUCAAACGCUCGUUUCUGUCCGACAAUGCAAUUCAACGUCAGGUUUCCAGGCAAUCAUAUGUGAUUGGUUUCUACCGCUUGAAUUGUUUUGUGUAUAGGUAACUUUUUAGUGUACAUGCAUACCAUGUCUACAUGUAUUGACAGUUCAUUCAGUUAUAUGUACAGUUUUGGGCUAUUAGGACUAAUUCUAAAUGGUAAGUACUAAAAUGUCUGACCAUGGUCAGUCAGUGCCAUUCUGUAUUCACUGAUUGUCAUCAUAUGCCUUAGCAUUCCAGCUGGAUAAAUGAUUUUGUGAUUAGAGUACAUCAAAAAGCAUAUUGCAUCUUUCAUGCUAUAACCAUUGGAGGAAAUGUAAUUAUCAAAAUAAAUGUUUUGAUUAAUACUG